AUGGCGUCUUCAUUGCGUGAUAUGGCUACGAAAUUCCAGAAGUUGGACAAGUUCGAGGGUGCGGUUUAUCGCCGUUGGCAAAAGAAAAUUCACUUUCUUUUGACAACAUUGAACGUGGUGUACGUGCUAACAACUCCUAUGCCAGAUCCUCCCGCCGAUGGAGAAGAAGAGACUUUAGAGAAUACCCGGCGUAGAACCAAGUGGGAUAACGAUGAUUACAUUUGUCGUGAGCACAUAUUGAAUGCGUUGGCUAACCCGUUGUUCGAUCUGUACCAAUAUGAGGAGAGUGCAAAGAAAUUUUGGGACAAACUUGAUUCCAAGUAUAUGGCCGAGGAUGCUUCAAGUAAGAAAUUUCUUGUUAGCAAUUUUAAUAAUUUUAAAAUGUCUAAUGAUAGACCUAUUAUGGAACAAUUUCAUGAAGUUCAACAUAUUUUGAGUCAAAUUAGAUUGCAUGGUAUGGUAAUGGAUGAGGCUAUAGCGGUAACAUCUAUUAUUGAUAAAUUGCCAUCUUCUUGGGAAGAUACAAAGAACUCCUUGAAACAUAAAAAGGAGGAAAUGACCAUGGAACAAUUAGGUACUCAUCUUCUUUUUGAGGAGGGUAUCCGGGUUCAAGAUGGUGUUAAGGAGUCUAAUGUCAAUGACAAGAUUACUCCUGGUUCUUCUAUCAACAUGGUGGAAGAAGGGCAGUCUAGUUGGACUAAAAAGUUCAACAAAAGGCCAUAUAAAUCUAACAACAAAAGUGUUGCAAACAAAAAGGAUAAAAAGACAAAAUCUGUUUCUUGUUGGAAAUGUAACGGUCCUCAUUUCAAGAGGGAUUGUCCAACCUUCAAAAACAAGAAGGCUAGCAAGGGUCAACAUAACAAUGUUGACAAGAACCAAGGUAUGGUUGUUGCACAUUAUGCUACAAAUAUAGAAAUGAAUUUUCUGGCUAUGAUUUCUGAAAUCAAUGUUGUGCAAGUUGAUGACUCUUGGUGGAUUGAUACGGGAGCCUCUAGACAUGUGUGCAAAGAUAGGAAUUAUUUCAAGUCUUUUGAAGAUUUGGAGGAUGGUCCAAUUUUGUACAUGGGGAAUGAUUCUAUGGUCAAGGCUAAAGGAAUAGGCCAAAUAGAAUUAUUGCUAACAUCUGGAAAAACUCUAACUCUUAGGGAUGUAGUUUUUGUACCAGAAGUUAGAAAAAACUUAAUGUCUGGAGGUGUAUUAAGUAAGGGUGGAAAUAAGAAAUAUAUUGUAACUUUUAUUGAUGCUUAUUCAAGAUGGUGUUACAUUUAUUUGUUAUCUUCUAAAGAUGAAGCUCUUGAUAAGUUUAAGAUCUUUAAAAUCGAAGUUGAAUUGCAAACUAAUAAAAAAGUCAAGAAACUUCGAACGGAUAGGGGUGGAGAGUAUUAUGAUCCAAGUUAUUUUCAGUCUAUUGGUAUAAUCCAUGAAAUUACCGCACCAUAUUCUCCUCAAAGUAAUGGGGUUUCGGAAAGAAAGAAUAGGGUUCUAAAAGAAAUGGUUAAUUCCAUGCUUUCUAAUUCGGGUCUUAGUGACGGUUUUUGGGGUGAAGCUAUGUUGACAGCUUGUUAUGUCUUGAAUAGAGUUCCUAACAAAAGGAAUAAGACUACCCCAUAUGAAUUUUGGCACAAACGGAAGCCUAAUCUCAAUUAUCUUAAGGUAUGGGGAUGUAGGGCUAUCGUUAAAGUGACGGAACCCAAAAGGAAAACUUUGGGUGAAAAGGGAAUUGAUUGCGUCUUUAUAGGCUAUGCUGAACAUAGCAAAGCCUAUAGGUUUUAUGUCAUUGAGUCUAAUGACUAUGUCUCUACACACACCGUGGUAGAGGUCAAGGGAUGUAAUUUUUGA